AUGUACUUACAAUCUCUACACCCAUGUUGCCCGCAUCCCCAAACACCUCGGAACUCUACGACACAAGUCAAGUCGCAAAAGCUUGACACAGCUAGCGAGAGCCAAGAUCUAGACCCAACAGUCUUUCAGGAUGAACGACGUCAGGCAAGACCUGCCUAUUUCUAUGACCAUGGCCGCAUUUACGGGAAUCUCCUGGUGGCUCGGACUGGAGGUCACCGCGUCCUUAGUCCUGACCUUCAAGCGCCGUCGAGGGCUAUACUUCUGGUCCUGCGCACUCUUUUCAUGGACGAUCAUCCUCCAACCACCUUUUAUCAUCCUCGCCGACUUCCACGUCUGGACGGAUCCCAUCCCCUCCAUCACCUACGCCAAGAUACUGAUCAUCGUGCUGGACUUCACACUCUUCGGCAUCUAGUGCGCCAAUAUGUUCCACUUGCAGGGGGCAUUGAAGCUGUGUGUGUCUAUGGUGUCAAGCUCAAGAUUGGGUUUAUCAUCUUGAAUCGGCUGCGGGAGGUCAUCCUGCGUCCAGCCAGUCGCGGCAUAUACCUCCGGAGUGAACAAGCGAGCAUCCACUUACUAGGGGGAAAUGGACUCAGGUCCGAUGCUGCCGAGGAGCCGGCUUCCGACCGUGCGAGAAUACAGGCGAAAUGGGGAUACGAAUUCAUACGAAGCGUUUGUAGACCCCUGUGGUGCAAUCUAUCCUUUUUCGAAUUCAGUUGGCCUACUUGGGUGGGAGAAGGCGACUUAGAGGAAUAAAGAAAUAAGACGGAAACAAAUACCAAGCAAAAACAUACAACAGAAGGGAU